CUUAUGGUUUUAUUACGAUUUCUAAUUGGCAUUAUCUUGCCUAUCUACAACUAUAGCCUUAACCAUCUGGUCGUAAAUAAGAACCGUGAACCCACUGACCGGCAGACUUUCAAAACACUUGACUAGACUCAGCUUUGAAACGUGAUAGACAUCACAUUGGAAGUAAUCAAUUCUAAGACUUUUCCUGCUAGUAAUUAUAUUCUGAUUACUCCGAGAUAAUGACAGUAUCUUUGUGAGCAACAAAAGACCUGCAGACGUGAUAAUAUGUUACCCUGGUCAAGGUGGUGGAAAGGUACAAAGAGAUUCGUGUAUCACAAAGAAUCUUAGGCAAAAUUCACUCCUGUUUUGUCAGGUCGUGAGCUAGAUUCACUAAAGAAUUUCUCACGUUUGAUGCCACAAAAAGGAUUCUGGUAAAUACAUACAAAAGCAUUCUUAAAUACUGGCAUCUGUGUAUUUGGAUGCUGUCAAAAAGGAUGAGACAAGCAGCAAAGCGGCUCGAGAGUUGCAUCGCCAGGAAUUUCGAGAACGAAUAAAACUAUCGUGGAUAUCUUUAGUUCAUCGCUUUGUUUUGUCCUGUGCCAAGUUUGUCAGUAGAACUGCUCUUACUUAUGGUUUCCAAUGUUCAACGCAUCAACGGCAAGCGCAGCCCGUUCAAACUCCGUCUUCAGCAAGGCUAGUAUCUACAGCGGGAAUCUUAAUCUCAAUAAUUCGACUCGAUCAAACUACAAUAGACCCACACGAAGCGAAACCGAAGAGGCAAUCUUUAGGGCCGGCUUUAGACCGUACGCUGAAGACAAAAGGAUUGUAUUUAACGUUAGUGGAUGUCGAUUUGAGACGUGGGAGAGCACACUAAAACGGUAUCCAAACACCGUUUUGGGCAGCAAAAUGAUCCAUCGAUUCUACGAUGAGGAGAAGAAAGAAUACUUUAUCGACAGGGAUCCGUACUUAUUCAAAUUUAUUCUUAAUUUUUACCGUCGUGGAAAACUUCAUUGUUCACUAGAGGAUUGCCCAGCUGCUUUUGAGGAAGAGUUGAAUUUCUAUGGACUUUCGGUAUUCGAUGUGGACGAUUGUUGUUGGGAAUUGGCUACGCCGAAAGAAAAACAUCAUCUCGUAGAAGAAGAUGAAGAACUGCCAGGAGAAGUCAUUAGAUGCGAAGGCAAUACAGACUUAUAUUGUGAACCAAAAUUCUCUUUGAAACAGAAAAUAUGGAGAACAAUCGGCCCAGCAAAAACUACACGGGCUGGCGUCCUUUUUCACAUCAUUUACGGGAUUUUUAUAUUUAUUAAUGUUUUAAUUGUCACAUUGGAAACGGUACAGUGCGAGCAAGGAAGAACAUGUGGCGAAGUCAACCACCUUGAGUUUUUUACUGUUGACACCGUCUGCGUCGCUAUAUUUACGACAGAGUUAAUAUUAAGAUUUUAUGUUUGCCCAAAGAAACGAAAAUUCUUCAAAGAGUUUCUUAACAUUAUUGAUCUACUGUCUGUGCUUCCUUAUUACCUCUCGCUCAUCAUCGAAAGACUUGGAAGAGACAGCAGUUUUCUGCAGAUCCUCAAAGUACUACGAGUCCUAAGAAUCCUCAAACUUACGAGAAAUUCCCGCAGAUUGCGAUGUUUGUUAUUGACCUUAAGGCGAUGUGCUGUGGACAUCAUAUUCCUUUAUUGUAUAUGUGUCUUAGCAAUCAUUUUGUUUGGUACAACGUUAUAUUACUUGCAAGACUCGACGGAACCGCGUCAAUUUUCAAGCAUCCCGGAGUCAUUUUGGUACAUUUGCAUUACGUUGAUGACAGUGGGAUAUGGCGAUGUGGUUCCAACGAACAUAGCUGGGAAGAUUGUCGGCAGCAUAUGCUGUGUAUCGGGAGUAGUGCUACUCGCUCUACCAAUCCCAAUACUCCAGGAAAAACAAGUACCUUGUACUCUAGAAUCCAUCAAAUCCAGGCACCGACUUCAACAAGAAAAGCGCGCAUGCGCAGGAGCAUGCGAGACGCACCCUUUGCUAUUUGAGGAAGAAUCUACUGGUUUUACAUCAAACAAGCCAAUGUGUUGUUCGUCUUUGAAGCAACAUUGCGACAAAGCAAGAAAGGUUUUAAUAGAAAGAGAAAAUAAUGGCUGAAUGAAGACCUGAUAACCAUCUGAUGAUCAUAAAUAGUUACUAAAUCGAGACAGACUCAUAGGAAAAAGCUGGAUCCCAAAUUCCAUUCAUCAUUUUGAAUUGGAUGCGCAAUUUUUUUUAGUGAUGACAAUAAAAAAGUUUUGUCCAGCUUCGUUGAAUAGACAUGAUGGUAUUAAAUACAUUUAAAAACUGAAGAAUUUCACUCGAAAUCUAAAUACCGAUAAACAAAUAACGAAAGAGGGAAAAGGAGUAUUUUCAAAACAAGCAUCAGGUAUUUUAACAGAGGAAGCAUUCCUGACAUGGUGGUAAAUUAAUAUCAAGUGACGUAGUAAUUAAUAUUGUACAUUGUUAGAUUAAAGAUGAAAGUUUGAAAUUUGAA